GGAUCAACCACUUCAUGGGCAUGCCAACUAAAUCCCUCUCUUCCUUAGAUUCUCGUUGGAAACCACUGCAAAGUCACUUCCACUCCGUCAUGGCGCCUCUUUCGUUUCUGGACUGCCCCAAAGAGGUUCAACUCGGCAUUGCUGAAUUACUUCUCCAACCCGAUGCAGCCAACCUCUCCUUGACUUGUCGAGCCCUGCACAGCCUUGCCGAGCCCCUCGUCUACUCCACCAUCCAGAUCACUUGGUCCAGGCAGUAUUAUCCACCCAUCACAAAAGCGCUGCUGUUACUCCGAGCUUUGCUGGAGAGACCAGAUCUACGGAGCCAUGUUCGCUCCAUCGAGUUCAGUGGUGAUGGGUUCAUUGACUAUGAUGAUCCUCCAUGGCCCGGCGAAACGCCUGAAGCGCCUGAGGUGCCGGAUCUUCCUCUCGAUAAGCUCACUAUAGCGAUUAGAAGGACAGGUGUGUCUGAGUCCACCGCAAAUGAAUGGACUUCUAAGGUACUUUAUGCCGAUCGCCAUAGGCACUUGCAGGUUGGGGAGGAGCUCCAGCUGGGUAUCAUCAAGAAAACUCAAUCCGCAACCUCGGAUGCCGUCGCAGCUGUUAUAGUUUCUCUUCUGCCAGACCUGGAGCGACUUACUGUCUCCGAGAAUUGGUACAACAAGGCGCGACUGUUGGGUCUCAUGUUUCAGCUGUCACUCUGCAGGGCAGAUCAACACGCAACCCAAGGCGCGCAGCUCACCUUUAGUUCUCUGAAGUAUGUCUCCCUCUACCCAAUGCUGCACGAGGACACAAAUACGGAGCCCGAUAAGGCAGACCAUGAUCUUUGCCUGUUCUACUUGCCUAGUAUCCAGCAUCUCUCCACCUCCAUCCAGAAUCCCACGCCAUUCUCAUGGCCUGGCGCUUCCGCUCCGAACCCAGUGUCCUUGACUUCAUUAAACAUCUUCAGACUCCGAGAAACACGGCUCGCUCCAGUUUUAUCUGUAGCAAAGAAUCUCAAGAAGUUGAGGUACAAUUGGUUCUACCGCCCUGAUUUUGACAAGGAGGUCAACACGUCUACACUAAUGCUUGAUGAAUUGGCUAUGGCUCUCCUCGAGGUCAAGGACUCACUAGAGGAUCUUGAGAUCACUGCCGAGACAUGUCUUGCGUAUACGAGGGGAGAUAUUGAACCACCUGAUUUCACAUUGCAUGAGUCGUUGGCAGAAAUGAGAAGCAUGCGCAGGCUAAAGACUUUAAACGUUCCUUGGUCAUUCCUCACUGGCUUGACUGAGCUUUCUUCUACUGGGCGACUUGGGAAUGCGCUGCCCCAAACUCUUGAGCAUCUCAUAUUCAGCCGUUUUCGUCUGCGGCCUGUACCGUAUAAUGAUCGAGAUGGAGCCAUGAUUUCCGCUUUCGAGAAGGAACUGGAAACUGGUAGUUUAUCGCAUCUGACUCAAUUGAAGAGCGUCAAGCUACCGCCGUCUUUUGCUAGUCGUGGGAUGUCAGAGGUGUGCAAGGAAAGGAUUGAGGCACUUGGGAAGAAGUUUAACCUGAAGCUGGAAAGCCAGAAGAGGGACUUGAGUAAGAUUAUAUAGAUCAUAUGCAUUCUGAAUUCUUGAACAAUUUUGUUUUCCGGACUAGAAACCGCGAGCAAAGAUAUUUUAUUACGUGAUAGCUGAGUACAAGACAAAUGAAUAUGCCGAAAGACC